CGUUUCCCUUCCUUGUUGCUCCAAGACCCUAGGGCUGGUAGGAGAAACACCCGCCAGCCCCUGGCUGCCGAGAGGCGCUUCUUUGAGGAAACAGGCCUGGCCCCGCCACCCUUUCUAGGCCUCGGCUUAGGGCGCAGCGCUGGCUUGGGAGGCCCUUCGUGGACGCUUCGUUCCUAACCCGACAGUUUCCAGUGACCGGGGCUGCAGAUGGCUUGUCCCGUUGGAUGGGUGAUUCCGGGGAACCAGGAGAGAGUUUGUCCUCCUCGAGCUGGGAACCGCUUUUGAAUAUUGCCGCCGGCGCAGUCGGUGGGCCGGCGGACGUAGCUGUUGGUCACAAGUGCAGAUAACUAUGUGAAGCAACACUGUUUCUGGAUUUCAAGACAUCCUUUCAUCAUGGGACAGCAAAUUUCAGAUCAGACACAGUUGGUUUUUAACAAGUUACCAGAAAAAGUAGCAAAACAUGUCACAUUGGUUCGAGAAAGUGGCUCCUUAACUUACGAAGAAUUUCUUGGGAGAGUAGCUGAACUUAAUGAUAUAACUGCUAAAGUGGCUUCUGGCCAGGAGAAACAUCUUCUAUUUGAGGUACAACCUGGGUCUGAUUCCUCUGCCUUUUGGAAAGUGGUUGUACGUGUGGUCUGUACCAAGAUUAACAAAAGCACUGGCGUUGUCGAAGCCUCGCGGAUCAUGAAUUUGUACCAGUUCAUUCAGCUUUAUAAAGACAUCACAAGUCAGGCAUCAGGGGUGUUGGCCCAGAGCUCCACCUCUGAAGACCCUGGUGAAAAGUCAUCCUCUGUAACAUCCUGUCAGGCCAGUCUUUGGAUGGGAAGGGUGAAGCAGCUGACUGAUGAGGAGGAGUGUUGUAUCUGUAUGGAUGGUCGAGCUGACCUCAUCCUGCCUUGUGCUCACAGCUUUUGUCAGAAAUGCAUUGAUAAAUGGAGUGAUCGGCACAGGAAUUGCCCUAUUUGUCGCCUACAGAUGACUGGAGCAAAUGAAUCUUGGGUGGUGUCAGAUGCCCCCACUGAAGAUGACAUGGCUAACUAUAUUCUUAACAUGGCCGAUGAGGCAGGCCAGCCCCAUAGACCAUGACCUUGGGAGGAAGGCCUUGUGUUGCUAUUACGAGCUACAAACAUUUUGGUCAUGGGAGAAGAAUGCAGGGAUAUUGUGGCACAGACACAGAGGAAUCAAUUUUCCCUACCCUCUUAUUUUCGCUAUUCUGACAAUUUGUUCCAUUUCUUUUGAUAAACUUUCCAUGUCUUCCAUUUAUAGUAAACUAAAAUUUGCUACUGUUUUAGACCAUAUUUUUCUAUUAUUUAUCUGUUCUAAUAUAUAUUAGAACUAAUUGCUCUUGAAUCCUUUGCUGAGGUAACAGCAUUUCCAGAGGCUUCUGAGACACUAUUUUUCAGGGCAGGAGUAUUCUGGAAUCUAUUUACUUAGGUUUAAAAUAAACCUUGAAUGUUAAAAAGUUGUAGCCGUCUGAGAGAAAAUUCGAAGUUACUGAAAAUGUAAAAUACAUCAAAGUGCAUGUUACUACUUGUUAGUCUUUCUGCUGGACUCUUAAGGUGUGUGUAUGCCCCCUUGUGGUUAAUUAUUGCUCCUCUAAUAAUUUUUACUUGAAACGAUCCACAAUUAUUUCAUAACUUUAGCAGUGUGUUUUGGAACUACAUGUUUUUUACUCAAAAGUCUUUUUUUUUUUUCCCAUGUUGUAUAAUUUGGGUGAGGACUAUAAAGCUGGGUGUGACUUUGCCUUGUAAAUGGAUUUCUGCUGGGGAAUCUCCUUGGCUGUUCUAGAAAUGCUUUCCCACAGCUGGGAAAGUGUUCUAAGUAGCUUUUGAUAAUGCUCUUGCAUCUUGGAGUUUGAGAAGGAAAUUUUUCUUCAUCACAGAUCCUGAAUUUUAUAUUUCCAAAUUAUGAUAAAUCAUUCAAUAUUGGUUCAUGGUGCUUUUAUUUUCUUAACUUGAAGGCAUCUUUCUGAGGUCUCAAAGUCUUCAAAUUUCUAGUAUUAUUAAGAAAGAAAAUAGGGUAUAGCCUUUUAAACGUAUGUACAAUACACACCUAUGAAAAUUAGGAGAUAAUUGGCUUUCUGCUGUUUCACUGUACUUCCUUUGAAAUACUGUGAGAGAGUAUAGUCAUAAUGGAAUUAUGAUUUUCAGUGAUGUUUCAUUUUUUUUUUAAUUUUGCUUAUAAGGUAAAAUUUUUGUUUUAUGUUAAACAUUAACAUUUUAGCAUAUAAUAAAACUAGAACCUGAUGUCUCCUUUAAAAGGUAUGUUAACAUUCCAUGGAACUUUUCUGACUUAUUAUUGGUAAGUUGCAGAUAUUACUAUUUUCCAAAAUACCAAAGUAUGCAAUUUAAGUUGCUGUUUAUUGAUGGCAGAAUUUUGGGAUACUAAGAUUUUAAUAGGCACGCAAAUUAAAUAAUUAAUUUCUAUUAAAAAAAUCACCAAAGGUAGAUUGAUUUUACCCAAAAAAUAUUGAUAACUAAUUGGUUGACAUUUAAGAUGGGGCAGCUCAGUACCAAAUAGCUAAACACUCACUAUGGAUGUUUAUACAGGCAGGGAACUGGGGGUUCUGUCAUAUCAGCCUGGCACUGCACUUAAUGGUUUGUGUGACCUUAAAAAAGUCCCUUCUGCUGGUUUUAGUUUCCUUCUUUAGAAACUGAGAUUUCAUCUGUGGUUUUCAUAUUUUAUUUCAACAGAACCUUUUUUUUUUUUUUUCCAGGUAAAAUCUUACUCAGAAGCCUUACACACACAUGCUAUACCCCCCCACACACACACACACUACCCCUCUAUAUGAAAGUCAUAUUUUAUUAAUAUAAAUUUCCUUAUGUCAGAUUUAUUUAUAUACCAUAAUAAAAUAAAGUUAACCAAUAAAAACACAUAUUAAUACAUUGGAGAUAUCCAGGAUAUUCGAAUUUAGUGAGUAAUAUAGUUGUAUGAUGGGAGUUGUUUUUUAAAUUAAUUUUUUUUCCAAAAAACUUUAAUUAAAUUCAAGUCAGAUUUGCAGAACCUUAACUCUCCUCCAUGAAGUCUUAGUAUUCCAUGGGACAUAUUUUGAAAACCUUGGGAUAGAUGAUCUCUGAGAUCUUUUUCCAGCUCUAAGAUUCUAAAUUGUCCUUUUGGAUUAGACUUGCUGAGUCUAACUCAGAUUGCCUAAUUGAAGAAUGUUUCUGAAAAUGAACAAAGUUGCUGUACAUGGUUUUGGAUCUUUCCAGGUAUAGCCAAUGAUUUUAUCCCCCCAGAAUCCUUUACCUUUCAAGGAAUUAUUUAACAGUAAGCCCAGUGACUUGAUUUUGCCCAAACCUUUUUACUUUCCAAUAUGAUGUCCAGGAUACUAACUGAUCUACUGUGAAAAAGAAAGUGUUUUUAUUACUCUUAUUAAAUAAAUGAGCACAGUUUUUUGUCCACUCCGUUAAACUGGGUGGUAAUUCUUUAGAUGUGAAUGUCAGGUAGGUUCUAUCAUAACUAAUCAUAAAAGUUGUAAAUUUGUUUAAUGGAUGAAAUGUACACUUUUUAUAUUCUGUACAGCUUUGUCUUUUCCAAAUAUGAAGAACUUAAAUGCACUUAACUAAGAUAGGAAAUAUGAUGUGUGCCUUGUAGGAUCAGUGGAAUGUCUUCAUGAAGUCUAAGGGAUUUGUUUUAUAAAUUAUGAAGUUUUCCCUAUCCUAACUCAGUAACAAGAAGUUUACUCAUACUGUAAUGCUAUAGAGAUUUCGUUUGAGAAAAUGUACUUGACUGGGUACUGAAUUUAGAAAUUGAGAAUAAUAAUAUCUGCUUUAUUCUUAGGAAAAACUGAUAUAUUGUGCAAUAAAUAAUCUUUAGCAA